CCGAAACGGCUAGGCUCGCUCGCACCGGGCUUUUUCGCCCUGUGAUUGAUGUCCCAGAGUCAACAUCUAGCUAGCAGCGGGAGAGGGGAAGGAGCAGCCGGAGAGGGGAAGAAUACGGCGCCCCCUCUCUCUUCCCCUCCCCCCUACUUUAGCCCUCCGCGCACUUCGCCUCCAAGUCUCCGCACAGCCAGGAACCGCCGCCGCCUCCGCGCCCCUGCGCUCUGCCCACCGAGCCAAACACAGCAAACGCCGCCGCCCAGGCCCCCCCGCGGGGCCGGGGCCGGGGGCCAGCAUGGAGCACCUGGGUCCGCACCAUCUCCACCCGGGCCACGCGGAGCCCAUCAGCUUCGGCAUCGACCAGAUCCUCAACAGCCCGGACCAAGGCGGCUGCAUGGGGCCCGCCUCGCGCCUCCAGGACGGAGAAUACGGCCUUGGCUGUUUGGUUGGAGGCGCCUACGCUUACGGCGGCGGGGGCCCCGCGGCCGGGGCGGGGGCCGGGGGCGCGGGGGCCUACGGUGCCGGCGGUCCAAGCGGCCCUGGUGGCCCGGCGAGCGGCGGCGGCGGCGGCGCCUGCAGCAUGGGCCCGCUGGCUGGCUCCUACAACGUGAACAUGGCCUUGGCGGGAGGCCCCGGUCCCGGCGGCGGCGGUGGCGGCGGCGGGGGCGGCGGCGGCGGCGGCGGGGGGGCCCUGAGCGCUGCGGGGGUGAUCCGGGUGCCCGCGCAUAGGCCGCUUGCUGGAGCGGUGGCCCACCCUCAGCCUCUGGCUACCGGCUUGCCCACCGUGCCCUCCGUGCCUGCGGUGCCAGGUGUCAACAACCUCACCGGCCUCACCUUCCCCUGGAUGGAGAGUAACCGCAGAUACACAAAGGACAGGUUCACAGGUCACCCCUAUCAGAACCGGACGCCCCCCAAGAAGAAGAAGCCGCGCACGUCCUUCACGCGCCUGCAGAUCUGCGAGCUGGAGAAGCGCUUCCACCGCCAGAAGUACCUGGCUUCGGCCGAGCGCGCCGCCCUGGCCAAGGCGCUCAAAAUGACCGACGCUCAGGUCAAAACCUGGUUCCAGAACCGGCGGACGAAGUGGAGGCGGCAGACCGCGGAGGAGCGUGAGGCUGAGAGGCAGCAGGCAAACCGCAUUCUCCUGCAGCUGCAGCAAGAGGCCUUCCAGAAGAGUCUGGCGCAGCCGUUGCCCGCCGACCCACUGUGCGUGCACAACUCUUCACUCUUCGCCCUGCAGAACCUGCAGCCGUGGUCUGACGACUCCACCAAGAUCACCAGCGUCACAUCCGUGGCGUCGGCCUGCGAGUGAGCCUGCCUGCUACGCCGGCGAAAGCCAGCGUCCAGCUGUGGGGUGGCGGAGGCUGAGAGCCAGGACUUUCCGUCCACCCUCCGGCUUCAGACUGCACGCGGGAGGGGGACGCGGGGCACCCCUCCACACGGGCCUGUGCUCCUGCCCACGCUGUUUUCUCUUCGGUGGAAAAAAAAAAAAAAGAGCGCGGGAGGGAAACAGGGACACAGGACCUCCUUCCAGACACCUAAGUGGUCCCGUGCCCUCUGGAACUGUUCAGAGUCCUCUCAGUUUGCGUCUAUUUUAUUUUAUUCUGAUUUUUAACGUGGGACUGAGAGGCAGAGGAGGUGGGGGAAGAAGAGCUUCUGGGGUCUUCAGAAGACAGCAUGGGCUGUCAUUUGAAAUUGCUCUGGGGAGACCCCCACUGUAUUCCACUCUCCAUCACACACGCACCCAAAGUACCACCCAGAGGUGAUGUUACUGUCCCUUGUGGUGUCACCCAGAGUCAAACACAGAGGACCUAUGGCCAAGUGUCACGCACACAUAGGGCCAUAGCCUUCACACCCUUGAUUCUCACUAUCAGGCAUAAGCUAGUGGUGACCCAGCUUCAUUGUGAACAGCAUGGCACUUCUCACAAACACAAGGCUACGGCCGCACUGUGACACACUAUCCCACACACAACAGCACCACAACCUGCCAGGCCCCCAUCACACAUCCUAGCUGCACCCAGGUACGCGCAGGCAGGUUUUCACACAAACUCAGCCUUUUUCUCCAGAUCCUGUUCAUAGGGGAGUUUAAGUUAUGCACUUAUAAGGUGUUUUCUGUGUAACCAUUUUAUAAAGUGCUUGUGUAAUUUAUGUGAAAAAAAAAUAAAACCCUCCGGAUCCGGAGCCAGGGCUGCCUGCGCCUUGCUGAGCCCA